CGUAUUUAAACAGAAGCAAACAUGCUUUCGUGUUUAUCGAUAAAGUUCUUUGCUAUAAUUUUACUCAUAAUCAAGUGUUUGGUGCUUAUAGAUGCGCAGUCCGCAACCAAUUCGGCACCACAAUUUCGAAUAGGUGAUACUGAGUUUUUAGUCUGGAAUCAGACAAAAUUUCCAUGGAAGGAGGCGUUAAAAUUCUGUGCAAAUAACGAUAUGCAGUUGUUAACCAUAGAGUCAGAGGAAAAACAGAUGAAACUGAACGAACAAUUAGAGAAACUUGGCUUUAUAGAUCGUCCUGAGAUUGAUAAUAGAUUUAUUUAUUGGACAUCAGGCAACGACAACGAUUCUCGUGGUAAUUUUGUUUGGGCAUCGACUGGUGAAGCGUUUAAGUAUACAAACUGGUUACCCGGUAUGCCCGAUAAUUGGCAGAAAAACGAACACUGUGUGGAGAUGGGCUUUCGUGAGUUGGGUAAAUGGAACGAUACUCAAUGUAAAUAUCGUCGUCAUUUCAUUUGUGAACGCUUUACCGGUGAUUCCGAUAAAAAUAUAGUUUGAAAUAAGAGGAUUAUGGAAAAUUCAUAAUACUUCAUAAUACUUCAGAAUAAAGCGCAAAAUUACAAAAAACAAAAUUAUACAUUUAAAUACACUCAUUUAUUUAUAAUCGUUUAGGUUUUUUCUCUUUUCAAAAUUGUUAAUUAUUAUUUUUAGUAAAGAUAAGUUUUCAAAAAUCUUGAAUUGUUGUGAAUUUAGUAUCAUUUUCAUUCAAAUUUGGUUUUGAUUAAUUGUUUU